AUGUCGAACAUUGAACGAACUACGAGCAAGGCUGACUCCAUUGGAGUUGACCACAAGGAGACUAUCCUGGCUGUUGAGGUUGCGGAGGAGAGCAACACAACUGUUUGGAAACUCCUGCGAGAGAAUGUUCGUGUGAUUAUCUUCACUUGGUUUGCCAACUGCGGCGCGUUUCUCUUUGGAUACGAUGUUCUCGUUCAGGGAGCUAUCAAUGCUCUCCCUAUAAUCACCUUUGGCUCGCCUUUUGGCGAGACUUUUAUCCUCCCAGCUCUAUGGCAAGGUCUCUGGCAAGCCUUCAGCGCAAUGGGAAUCAUGGCUGGUGCAGCCAGCAACGGCUUCCUUCAGGAUCGAUUUGGCCGAAAGAUUAUGUUUGGAGUUGGAGGUCUCAUCUCUGCUGUUGGGACGGCUAUCACCUUUGUGUCCGGAAAUCCCGAGACUGUCGAGCAAAGACGUGGCGUCCUUUUGGUCGGGAAGUUCUUCAUUGGUCUGGCCAUGGGUAUUAGCAUGUCGACGUGUCAGACAUACGUAUCUGAGAUUUCACCACCCAAGCUUCGAACUAUACUUCUAGGGUUCUAUCCCUUCAUGAUUACUGUUGGCCAAAUGAUUGCCAUUACCGUCGUUUUCAAGGAGGUCGCUACAAUGACACACUGGGCCUUCAAGAUCCCCUUCGCCUCACAGUGGGCAUUCUCGGCCUACUCAGUCAUCGCAGCCCUAGUCGUCCCCGAAAGUCCCGUAUACCUCGCCAGUAAGCACAAGAUCGACCAAGCCAGAAAAGCGUUGACGACACUCGGUUGCGAAAACAUCGACGAACGAAUCGCCAUCAUCGAAGCUACAAUCCAGCAAGAGCAGAGAAUGAACACGGAGCAGCCUUCUUUCUCCGAAUGCUUCAAGGGCACCAACUUGCGCCGAACUCGUAUCGUUGCUCUGCUCAACACCCUUCAGCAGUUUAUGGGCAUAACUUUGGUCUCGAACUCGACUUACUUCUUCAUCAUGGCUGGCAUGACCCCAACUUUUUCUCUCACUCUUAACCAAAUCGGCGUUGGUCUGAGUAUGGCAUGUACCCUUGUCUCUUGGGUCAUCAUGUCCAAAGUUGGCCGAAGAUUUGCUAUCCUAGCAAGCUUUGCUGUUGCUGGAGCCAUUUUUAUUGGUAUGGGUGUUGCUGGCUUCUGGCCGCAGAACCAAACAGCACUGAGAUUCAUCGGCGUAUCUCUUCUUAUGGCCGCUUGCACUGGUAACUUGGGUACUGGGUCAGCAUAUCCUAUUGUGGCAGCUGAAGUCCCUUCAACCGUGCUUCGAGCCAAGACUCUUGGUAUCGGUUUCUUCGUCAACGCUUUCAUGACCUGGGCUUUUGCUCUUUGUGUUCCGUACAUGUUCAAUGCUGAUCAGGGUAACCUGGGAGGUAAGAUUGGCUUCGUCUUCUUUGGCUUCUGUGUUAUUGGGUUCAUCCUUACCUGGAUCGAGAUUCCCGAGACCAAGAACAUUACUUAUGCCCAGAUCGAUUAUCUCUUCCAGACUAAGACUCCGGCACGAAAAUUCAAGGAAAGGUCUACCACUGCUAUCACUGAAGAGGCAUAA